ACGGUGGAGUUGCAGAUCAGCCUGAAGAACUAUGACCCCCAGAAGAACAAACGUUUCUCGGGCACUGUCAGGCUCAAGUCCACUCCUCGCCCUAAGUUCUCGGUGUGCGUCCUGGGGGACCAGCAGCACUGCGAUGAAGCCAAGCCCGUGGAUAUCCCCCACAUGGACAUCAAGGUGAUGAAGAAGCUUAAUAAGAACAAGAAACUGAUCAAAAAGCUGGCCAAGAAGUAUGAUACCUUUUUGGCCUCUGAGUCCCUGAUCAAGCAGAUCCCACGUAUUCUGGGCCCAAGCCUAAACAAGGCAGGCAAGUUCCCUUCCCUGCUGACACACAA